AUGGCUCGACGCUAUGUCGCUUUUUUACCUAAAUCAAUCCGUGUAUAUCACCGCGGUGAUCACACAUGUCCAGCAAAACCAGUUGUACAGAAACCUGUACGUGAAAUAAAACGACAGUUAACCGAAAAUCCACAGCUCACACCCUCAACAAUCCAAAGCAAUUUGAUUGUUUCACAAAUGAGGCAAGGUAUAAAAAUAGCUCUCUGUAGGUUCUGCCCUGUGAUUUGUUUUCAGUUGGUUCAAAAGUUUUACUGCGAGGACUUAAUUGUCGUCACAAAAAUUAUUACUAGUUAAUCACAAAAAUUAAUGGCUGAUAAUUUCUCUGUUUUGUCCAGGGAAAGACUGGAAUUCUAUCGAAGAGACUGCACGAAAUAUAAUGGAUAAAAAAUGGCUUUCUAACCAAAAGCAAAAGAUCAAGGAUUCAAAUCAACCGCACGGUCAUAAUUUUGAAGCUGUAGCCCAUUUUAAACAAUACGCUGAUCAAAGAGACCCAUAUUACGUGUACACCAUGAAUGACCGGCGUGAAAAUCCAAGCAAGCCUUCCCAUGUUUUCAAAUCAAGUAAAUUAAAAGCACAAUUCGCCCUAAAUAUGGACUGCGCGACAUCGGAAAACAAGCUAAGCGACGAGUUUUGUUUUUUCGACGGAAAGGUGAAAUGA